CUUCCGGCCCACCGCGCUGCCUCCCGCGUGUGACAAACGCGCUAGUGGCUUUAAUUCCUGGGCUUGGCGACCGGAGAGGGGCCAUGGCGGCGGAGGUGUUGCCGAGCGCGAAGUGGCUGUACUGUGGGGAGCCCGACGAAAGCCAGAGAGCUGUCCUGGUUCAGUUCUCCAAUGGGAAGCUGCAGAAUCCAGAUAACAUGCGCUUCAGCUUGUACAAGAACAAGGACUCCACCAAUCCCAGGAAGAAGAGCCAGCGGAUCCUGGCAGCUGAAACAGACAGACUUUCCUACGUGGGAACCAAUUUUGGGACUGGAGCACUCAAAUGCAACACUCUGUGCAGACACUUUGUGGGAAUUUUGAACAAGACCUCUGGCCAAAUGGAAGUAUAUGAUGCUGAAUUAUUCAACAUGCAGCCACUGUUUUCAGAUGAAUCAGUGGAGAGUGAAUUGACACCAGAGAGUGAGAGCAAAACUUUUAGAGAUAAGAUGGACUCUUGCAUUGAAGCCUUCGGUACCACCAAACAGAAGCGGGCUCUGAACUCCAGGAGAAUGAACAGAGUUGGCAAUGAAUCUUUGAAUCGUGCAGUAGCUAAAGCCGCAGAGAGUAUUAUUGAUACAAAGGGUGUGACCGCUCUGGUCAAUGAUGCCCUCCACGAUAACUUGCAAGACGACUCCCUCUGCCUUCCUCCCUGCCACGCGGAUGCAGCCAAGCCUGAAGACGUGUAUAAAUUUGAAGACCUUCUUUCCCCUGCGGAGUACGAAGCUCUUCGGAGCCCAUCUGAAGCUUUCAGGAAUGUCACAUCAGAAGAAAUCCUGAAGAUGAUCGAAGAGAACAGCCACUGCUCCUUUGUCAUAGAAGCGUUGAAGUCUUUGCCAUCAAGUGAGGAGAGCCGAGACCGCCAGGCCCGAUGCAUAUGGUUUCUGGACACACUCAUCAAGUUUCGAGCACAGAAAGUGAUUAAGCGGAAAAGUGCCCUGGGACCUGGAGUUCCACACAUCAUCACCACCAAACUGCUGAAGCACUUCACCUGCGUGACCUACAACAAUGGCAGUUUACGCAACUUAAUUUCCGAUUCCAUGAAGGCAAAGAUCAUUGCGUAUGUGAUUGUACUCGCCUUGCAUAUAAACGACUUCCAGAUUGACCUGACAUUGUUACAGAGGGACCUGAAGCUCAGUGAGAAAAGGAUGCUCGAGAUAGCAAAGGCCAUGAGGCUGAAGAUCUCUAAGCGAAAGGUGUCUCUGGCAGCCGGCGGGGAGGAGGAGCACAGACUGGGUACGCUGUGCAUCCCGCUGCCUCCAGCCCAGACCUUGGACCGCCAGUCAAAGCGGAGGAGACUCACGUAGAGGUGUGCUUUCCAGACAGAAGCUUGGCCACAUAACAGCCACUUCCUCUGUUCAUUUCCAUUUUCAUUUUUUAAAGGGGGGAAAAGAAGCCUUGCUCUGGCAUGGGUAUGAAGCCACAAGCCAGCCUCUCAGUCAUGCUUAAGCAAAAACAUAAAGUGACCAUCAUAUUGGACUUUGUCUCCCUCCUUCAGUGUUGCUGUGAUUAUAAAUGGCAGAUGGUU